UUUGAACUCUAUCUUUCUCUACAAACUAUCAUCAAGGAAGGUUCACGGGUCUUGGGAGAUGGAAUGGAUCAUUGCGAAAUAACAGCUUCACAUAUAUGGUUCAAUAAGGCUGUACCUAGAUGGCUUGAUAUUGCUCUCUACAAGGCUAUGCAAAGAAUAGUAAAGGCAGUUGAGCUUGAUGAUCUGAGUCCUGUAGAUGAUCUUGUUAAGCACAGCAGUUCUGCUGUUGAUAUUAGAACAGUUCUAAUGCAGAUAAAAACUUUCUGGGCUCAGCUGAAUUGGCCUGAGGUUGAGGCUUCCUAUGCUUUCAUCUCAAAAAUCCUUGAUGAUGUGUGUAAGACGACAAUAUUCUACUCCGACAAAAUGGUGGAACGAGUUAGUCGGGGACACAACAACAACGCAGAGUUUACAAUAAAUCAGGAGCUCUGUUUAGCAAUCAACAAUAUUGACUACGUUCUUCAAUAUAUACAACCGUUUGUAAAUGAUCUUGGUUAUGAUACAACACUCUCUGGACUAGAGGCAUUAAAUGGAGAUAUGGUGGCAGCAAGCUGUAGGAGAACUCUGACCACCCUUGUUCAGAAUGCAGUGGAAAAUGUUGAAAACAAGAUUCUUGAGAUUCUGGAAGAUGUUGGGGAAAAAAUGGCUCCAGUCAUCGGAGAUUUUCUAGCAAACUGCGCAAGCCGUGUUGCAUAUACAGGUCGGGACUGUAAGGAUACCUUACUCAGCUACUUAGACAAAAACCUUAUUCUUCUAAAGGAUAAAUUGACGGAGAGAAACUUUGAGAGAAUCCUGGCUGUAAUCUGGGAAUGUUCUGCACAAACUCUAGAGAAUACUAUCUACCAUUGGAUUGAGAUGAAGAAGCCCCCGAGCUAUUUUAAAACUCUCUGUGAUGUUCUCAAAGUUCUUCUCAAAUUCUUCUACGAUGACAAGGUCCCCCAAGAUGAAACCCUGGAAAAGAUGAGAAACCUGCUUCAACUAUACGCGUCUGAUACAACAGAUCUGAUUGGGAAAUACUAUUGGAACAGAAUUCAACAGCAAAGGAGUCUCCAAGCUGAUGAGUUUACUCUGGGCAGUGUAGCAGUUAGAGUACAGUUAUUCAAAGAGCAUAUCAGGAUAGAGAUUUUGAAUGCAAGGGAAUUGAAGCCACCAGAAGUUCAUAGAGGAAGUUUCCAAAGGAUUGGGCAGGGCCGGAAGCUGCGUGCUAAAUCUAACCUAAAUAUGUCCCGCAGUCAGAGACAUCUAGACUGGGUCAAAUCAAAGUUUUCAAGCUUAAAGUUUCAGGUUCACGAGGCCCAGGUUCAAAUCCAUGCAGCAAAUACGCAAGGACAAGCUGACCCUUAUAUAUCAGUCAGGCUUGUCCCGGAUUCAAGAUUCAACGAUUGUCCGAAACUUCGAACUCGAACAAUUCGAGGAACUCUUUUCCCACUUUUUGAUGAGAAGUUCGACCUGGUUAUUUCUCGUGCUUCUCAGAGAAUACAAGAUUCCUAUAUUUUGAUAACAGUAAAAGACAGAGGAAUGAUGGGACAAGGAAUGUUUCUUGGCGAAGCUUUUAUCCCAUUACAAGAAAUACAGGUUCUCAUCGUAGCUGUUCUCUUGUCCUCUUUCUUCACCUCCAGGAUGGCACCGCUAGUCUUUAUACUAUUGUGAUCGUUAUCUUGUCCAUUGUUUUCAUAUCUCUUUUUUGCCUUAUCUCUAGCGGUGUCCUUUUUCCAGA